AUGGCUGCUGGGAGGGUGAUGGAAGCUGAAGAUUAUCUCCGAGAACACAAGAUCAUAGAUCUGGUGAAUAAUCUGACCAGCCUGCUGCUUUAUCACCAGCCAGAAAGGCCCCAAGAGUUUCUCAUCUCUCAACUGGAAAAGCUCAAGCUUGCUAGGCUUGCAAACCUGGAAUAUCCCUGUCUAUUUGAUGAAUCUAAUGUGGAAGCAGUUUUUGGAAUCCUGGACCCUGCUGGACAAGGUUACAUAACAAGGACACAGUACACUGAAGCUUUAAAAACCUUGGGCAUAGACAUUACCAACUUACCUACACCUCCAGAGAAAAUCACAAUGGAAGUCUUUAAACAUGACGUGCGAAUUCAUCUGAAGAAAAUGUGUGCAACAUUUAAGGCAUAG